AUGAGCUGGUAGGCUACGGGUGUUAAAUUUCGCGUGCGGCUUUUUUGCAAACCCUAAUUAAGUUAUCUAUAUAAACCAUGCUGUACACGACUUUUCCCGCAGGCGGAGAGGACGGCAGAACGCCAUGGGUAUCGAUCUCGUCGCCGGUGGUCGGAGCAAGAAGACUCGUCGUACGGCCCCUAAAUCCGACGAUGUCUAUCUGAAACUCCUAGUUAGGCUCUACAGGUUUCUGGUGCGUAGGACGGGAAGUAAGUUCAACGCCGUGAUCCUGAAGCGGCUCUUCAUGAGCAAGACCAAUCGGCCACCUCUCUCCCUCAGGAGGCUCAUCAAGUUCAUGGAAGGAAAUGAAAACAAAAUAGCUGUGAUUGCCGGGACAGUGACGGAUGAUAAGAGGGUGUAUGAUGUGCCUGCUAUCAAGGUGACGGCUCUUAGGUUCACGGAGACAGCUAGGGCGAGGAUUUUGAAGGCUGGCGGAGAGUGCCUCACUUUUGACCAGCUUGCUCUCCGAGCUCCUCUUGGACAGAACACUAUUCUCCUGAGGGGUCCCAAGAACGCGAGGGAAGCUGUUAAGCACUUUGGCAAAGCUCCUGGUGUGCCGCACAGCCACACGAAGCCUUAUGUCCGGGCUAAGGGGAGGAAAUUUGAGAAAGCAAGGGGAAGAAGAAACAGCAGAGGAUUCAGGGUUUGAGUUAGUUAAUUCGGUACUACUAUUACAAUUUGAUCUACCAACAACCAGCGAUCUACCAUCUUGUUCUUUCUUUUAUGUUCUAUUUUGCAUGAUCUGAGAUUGUUAAUUUCCUCCGAAUUUCCCUGGGCCUUUUGAGUUAUUUAGUGAAACCUUCAAACUUAAAUAUUUGUAUUUGGUUAAAAUGCAUCUUUCUUCUUAA